AUGACUGCCGCGGCCACCACCGGCACGCACAAGGUCGCCAGCACCAAGGAGGAGAGGAAAUUAAGGAAACCCCUCAUUGAGCGGAAGCGAAGGGAAAGGAUUAAUAACUGCUUAGACCAGCUGAAGGAGACUGUUGUGGGUGCAUUUCACCUGGAUCAGUCUAAACUGGAAAAAGCAGACAUCCUGGAAAUGACAGUGAAGCACCUCCAGAACAUCCAGAGCAGCAAGAUGAUGGCUGACUCCAAGGUGGGUCUGGAAGCCCAGCAGAGGUACAGCACCGGCUACAUCCAGUGCAUGCACGAGGUGCACAACCUGCUGCUCACUUGCGAGUGGAUGGACAAGAGCCUCGGGGCGCGCCUCUUGAACCACCUGCUCAAAUCCCUGCCCAGGUCUGGGGAGGACACCUGCAAAGCAGCGCUCAGGUCUCUGAGCCCGUCUCAGCAGCCUCUCCUGACGCAGAGAAGUCCCCUGAGCCCUAAGGGCAGCGCUCGAGGCACAAACCCGUCACAGGAGCGCCUCUACCCUGCGGAGAACAAGCAAGCUUCCAAAAGUUCCUUCCAGCUGCCCUCGCUGUCGCUUUUCAACCAGGCUGAUGCUGCACCUCCCAGACAGGUUCUGCAGCCAAAUUUUUCCCAUAACACCCCCAGAAUGGGGUCAUUAGAUAUGUGGAGACCGUGGUAA